GGACAGACAGCAUUCUUCUAUUGGGGGCGCGCAUGGAGCAAGCUGCGUUCGUCACUGCGAAGGGGGAGAAACGCAUUCCUGCAAGUUUUUAAAUGAUGUUAUUUCAUCUGGACAUGAUCAACUUUAGGAAUAUAUUGAUCUGACUAUACUUCGAUUAAAUCAGUGUCGCUGGAAUAAUAAAAACGAAAAGAAAAGAACCGUGAUGACGUUUAUUUUGGAUUUCUCGGCAAUGUUGCGGUUUUUAACUCCGCUGCUCGUCGGAUUGUUUUCACAGUCAAUAACUGUGACAUCUGCUGGCAAUUGGAAGUCUCCUAUAGCUGUUGGGCACCAUGGAGAUUCACCUCAUUGGGUUCAACCGGGACGUUCUUACCGAUCGACACUGGAAACAGAACCGCUAGUGGUACCGGCUCGAGCCCCCAGUGUACAUCUAACCCAGGAGGAGAUCCAGCGACUGCGCUUUAAGCCCACCGUGGGUACAAUCCAGCGAUCGGAGGGAGCAGAGGUCAAAUUUAACUGUUCAAUUGACAUCAAUGAUGUGAGCCAGGAUCUGAGUAUUUUGUGGUUUAAGAAUGGCAAGGAAAUCCUUAAUGGCAUGCAGACAGAAGUGUAUAUGCUAGGGACUGUCACAAUGUUGUCUACUGUAAGCAUUAAAAGUGUCCAGAGAGCAGAUGCUGGAGAAUAUCAUUGCAGGCUUAGUGUCAGCAACAAGAUCAUUGAGUCAAAUCCCAUCAUACUAGCGAUACAGGGCCUGCCGACAUUCACGAAACAGCCGAGUGAUGUGAACGUCACGAGAAACACUCCCUUUACGCUCACAUGUGAAGCGGUUGGUCCUCCAAACCCUGUAACCAUUAAGUGGCUUCACAAAGGCAAACCAUUAGAAGAAAGCAACGAAUACUCCAGCACCUUAACCAUUGAAGGUGUUGAUGCUCCGACGCAGUACAGCUGUGAAGCUCAUAAUGCAAAAGGUCUGACAGUGUCCAGAGAAGCUAAUAUCAAUAUUAAAGAGCUUCCUGAGAGAGUGUCAAAGGUCACUGUGGUAAAACGUGAAGCAAACAAACUCGUCCUGAGCUGGACACCAGGACACGAUGGGUUCUCCCCUCUCAGAAGCUGCGACAUCACGGUUCGAGAGCUUGAGUUAGGAAACCCCACUAGUGUGGAACGCACAGACGUUCCUCCAUUCCAGCAUGAAAUCAACAACCUCAAGGCCAUGACCUGGUACAACAUGAGUGUGUCCUGCUCCAAUGAGAUCGGAAAAUCUCCGCCCAGCGCCUGGGUCCAAAGCAACACCACAGAGGGUGUCCCGUCUGAAGCUCCACAGAAUUUGACUCUUCAAGUUAAUAAUACCAUGCUGAUGAUUCGAUGGGAAGCUCCGCCCCCCAACAAGCUGAAUGGAAUCUUGCAGGGAUAUGAUAUUACCAUAAAACACGGCACACAUACCAACAAGAUCCACAGCAUCAGUACAGAAGCCACAGUGGCUUUGCAGGUGUUUAACAUCACGUACAGCGUGGAGGUCGUGGCUUGUACUCGGACCGGCUGUGGGACCAAUAAGGCACGCUUCUGGCUUUUCAUAGAUGAAUUAGAAUCUCCUGUUUCUCCGUCCUCGUCUCCAGUUCCUAAUCGUUCAGAUUCAGCAUACAUUGUGCUUGGAGUGGUGUGUGCUGUCUGUCUGCUGAUUAUUGUGAUGUUUGGAGUUGUGUGUUUACGUGGUUAUCCGUCUUAUUUAAAGUCUUGGUUUGGAAUUGAAGACAAACUCACCCCUAUUGUCGAGUACAGACCUCAGAGAUCCUAUAACCGUUCAGCCAUCGAAAUCACACUUGCCAGCUUGGGCAUUAGCAGUGAACUUCAAGCCAAACUUCAGGAUGUGAUGAUCAUAAGGAACCUGCUGUCCAUCGGUAAAGUCCUUGGAGAAGGCGAGUUUGGAUCUGUUAUGGAGGGUCACCUGAGACAACCAAGUGGAACGUCGGAAAAAGUCGCUGUGAAGACCAUGAAAUUGGAUAACUUCUCCCAGAGAGAGAUUGAAGAGUUUCUGAAUGAAGCUGCUUGUAUGAAGGAUUUCAACCAUCCUAAUGUCAUCAGACUCUUGGGUGUUUGUUUGGAGGUUGGCUCCGGACACUUUCCCAAACCGAUGGUUGUGCUUCCGUUUAUGGAGUACGGAGAUCUGCAUAGCUUCCUGCUGCGGUCUCGUCUCAGUGAAAACCCUUUGUUUCUCCCCACACAGGUGCUCCUGAAGUUUAUGAUCGACAUCGCUUUAGGAAUGGAGUAUCUCAGCAACAGAAACUUCCUUCACCGCGACCUGGCAGCUCGCAACUGCAUGUUGCGUGAUGACAUGAGCGUGUGCGUGGCAGACUUCGGCUUGUCGAAGAAAAUCUACAGUGGUGAUUACUACAGACAGGGCCGGAUAGCUAAGAUGCCUGUCAAAUGGAUAGCUGUGGAAAGCCUUGCGGAUAGAGUCUUCACUGUCAAAAGUGAUAUAUGGGCGUUUGGAGUGACCAUGUGGGAAAUAUCCACUCGCGGCAUGACGCCGUAUCCAGGAGUACAAAACCAUGAGAUUUAUGAUUAUCUCCUGGAGGGCAACCGACUCAAACAACCAAAUGACUGCCUUGAUGAACUAUAUGAUAUCAUGUUCAGCUGCUGGAGCGCUGACCCGUUGGACCGACCCGACUUUACACAGGUCCGGGAUAGGCUGGAGAAUCUGUCCGGAAAGCUUCCGCCGGUGUCGAACAGAAGAGACAUUAUCUACAUCAACACCAGUUUUACUGAGGAGGAAUCAGCAGAAGGGGCUGCGGAGGGACCUUUGCUCACUUCUUCUCCCUGCUGUAGCCGUCAGACCACAGAUACAUCGGUCGUGACGGCGGACGUUCACGAGAGCACAGGCGCUGAGGAAGACGACCGUUACGUUGUUGUCAUAUCAUCCGGGGACCACGCAGCUGCAAACAGCACUGUUGAUACUCCACUGUUGAAUCACGGACGCUUGGAGAGCGAUAGCGGAGAAACAGUCGGAGAUGUGACGGAGACACAGCAGACGUCUAGUGACACAACACAUCUGCUUUGAAGGACAAUUUAGGGACUUGAAAUGCAUCAGAAGAAUAUUGACUGUAUGGGAAUUUGUGCAACGAUUUUUAUCACUAUUUUGCUUAAAAUUAUUUCUGCUUCAACAAAUUGAAUUGCCAAAAUUAUGGUUUAUCAAAAACCUUCCCUUGUUUUCAAUACUUAGCUACAGUAUUCAUUGUAUGUUAACGGGACCCAAAUGCUGUGAUAUUAAACUAAUGAAACCAGGCCUGCGUUUUACUGAGAGAUGCACUGCAAAAAUUUAUUUUCAAGAAAAACAAUUCUUAGUAUUUUUGUCUUGUUUUCAGUAAAAUAUCUAAUAAUUCUUAAAUUAAGAUGCUUUUUCUUGAUGAGCAAAACGACCCAAGAAAAUAAGUGGUUUUUAGGCCCAAAAUAUCAAAUUUAAGUGAUUUUUGUGCAUAAAACAAGCAAAAAAAUCUGCCAAUGGGGUAAGCUAAUUUUUCUUAUAUUUUUCUUGAAUUUAGUGUUUAAGAAAAAAUAUUUUUUUUGCUUACCCCAUUGGGAGAUUGUUUUGCUUGUUUUAUGCACAAAAUCACUUAAAUUUGAUAUUUUUGGUCUAAAAACUAGACUUAUUUUCUUGGGUCGUUUUGCUCAUCAAGAAAAAGCAUCUUAAUGUAAGAAUUAUUAGAUAUUUUAACUGAAAACAAGACAAAAAUACUAAGAUUUUUUUUCUUGAAAAUAAUUUUUUGCAGUGUGAGGAGUUUUCUUUUUGUAAUAAUAUGUAAUUGCAUUAUAAUGUGACCCUGCAUGUGAAAUCUAAGUCAGAAAUUUUUAUGAUAAGAUUAGGAGCAUCAAAGUUCAAUUUUGACCAGUAAUUUUACUACGAUUUCAAUCUUUGAGAUGGCCUUACACGUACAAAUAUCAAAAAAUUCUUAAAUCAAGAUGCAAUCUUGAUGCAAUCUUGUUGAGAAAAAUAACCUUAGAAAAUAAGUCUUGUUUUUAGACAAAAAUGUUAAUUUAAGUGAAUUUGUGCAUAAAACAAGCAAAAAAAUUAAACACUUAAACAACUAAUUUAAGAAAAAAUAUUUUUUCAAUAUUUUUUGUUUUAAAAAUAGACUUAUUUUCUUUUCUGCUCAUCAAGAAAGUAUAUCUUAAUUUAAGAAUUUUUAGAUAUUUGUACUAAAUUUGUAAAUUUUUUUGCAGUAUACUCAGUCUAAAAAGUAAUAAAGAUUACAUUUUUACAAAAUGUUCUUUAUAUUAUGUAGGAAGAUUUUAUGUAGUAAACCGUAAAUCCCAAAAAUAAUUUUAGCUGGGUUUUCACAUACAGGGUCACAUAAGUUCAGAAAUUAAGCUUUAUUGUGAUUUUUAAGCUUUUUGUUGUCUUUUUUUUUUUUUAGAAAAAGUGUACAUAGAAUUACAUUUGUAUAUUAGAAGUGCCUUUUGUAAAUAUGAAGUACAGAACUUUUUUUUUUAUAUUUUAUACUUUCAGCUGAACUGACAAACGGUAACUCAAAGUCUUUAAAGUAAUCUAUAAUGGAAGUGUUACAUUUUUUUAAUGAAGUAUAUUGAAAUAUAGUAUUUUUGAGGUACAAUAGCAAUGUCUCCAUUUAUGUGUGAUUGUUAAAUAUACAGUAGGAAAGUGCAUAAGGCCAUUGUGAACAACAUCUUUUUUAAAUACAGCUAACAUAAUGAAAUUA